GGGGUCGGGGAAGGUGAUGCCACAGACCCCGACCCUUAUAGUUUGUCAGUGCAGCGGCCGCAUGUCGGCACUGGGAGGUGGUGGAUAAGGUAAGAGGGUGGAGGGAAGCACAAAGCCCUCCUUCUCCAGCUGAUCUCAGACUAGGGGGUGUGCCAGGCAACUGUCAGCUAGUGAGUGCCGCUCCAGCCGGGACAGUCGCACAUGCAGGAGCCCGAGGAGGGCACGAUGUGGCCCCAAUGUAUAAGAGCAGCAUGGCACCCAGACUGAGCCCCCGCAGGGCACGGAGAUACCUCUUCAUCUGCACCUUGUGCCUGUCCUGCUCCCUGCUCUGCUACAACCUCAUCCUCCGCAGUCAUUCCAGUAUGAACAGCCCAGGGGAGCAGUCCAGUAUGAACAGCCCAGCGGAGCAGUCUAUUAUGCACAGCCCAGGGGAGCAACAGCUCAGCUGCCCUCUGCCCCCGUUAGUAGGGAGCAAGAAACUGCUGCAGAACAUCCCCCCGUGCCCCCUCUCUGCCAGCAAAGCCCCUCCAAGCAGCAGCCCCGUUACCUACACAACAUCGGACCUACAGGGCAGGAACCACACGGAACCGACCCCAGGAACAAGGGCCCCAGCAAAACCCACAGAGCAACUCACGUCUCCCCCCUGGAACUGCACUGCUACCCCCAGAUACGGACACAAGAGGCUCCCCCAGGCUAUUAUUGUUGGGGUUAAAAAGGGGGGAACCAGGGCUGUGCUGGAAUUCAUCAGGGUGCACCCCCAAGUGCGAGCCAUGGGAACUGAACCCCAUUUUUUCGACAGAAACUACGAGAGGGGUCUGGACUGGUACAGAAACCUGAUGCCUCGAUCUCUGGACCAACAAAUAACGGUGGAAAAAACUCCCAGCUACUUUGUGACUCGGGAUGCCCCUAGAAGAAUCGCACACAUGUCACCACGUGUCAAGUUGAUUGUGGUUGUCCGGAAUCCAGUUACCCGUGCCAUUUCAGACUACACCCAAACUUUGUCCAAAAAACCUGACAUUCCCAGCUUCAAUGAACUGGCCUUCCGCAACAGGACCAGCGGGGAGGUAGACACUGCCUGGAAUGCCAUUCGGAUUGGGCUUUAUGCUUUGCACUUACAGCCCUGGCUCAGCCAUUUCCCCAUAUCCCAGAUGCACUUUGUCAGUGGAGAGCGCCUCAUCAUUGACCCUGCUGGUGAAAUGGCAAGAGUCCAGGACUUCCUCGGCCUCAAACGUCUGGUCACUGAUAAACACUUUUACUUCAACAAAACCAAGGGGUUUCCCUGUCUCAAAAAGCCUGGAGGUGGUGGAGCACCUCGUUGUCUGGGCAAAUCUAAAGGUCGAACUCAUGUGCAGAUUAACCCAGAGGAUAUAGAACAACUGCAAGACUUUUACAGACCCCAUAAUAUAAAGUUCUAUGAGACUGUUGGGCAGGACUUUCACUGGGAAUAGGGAAACGAGUGCACUGUAUGUGAUGUGUAUACACAUGGUUCCGAAGCACUGGGAUUAAUGGCACGGAAUAGGGGAGAUCUAGAAAAUGUUGAGUGAUCAAGAGGAUCAAUAAGCUAAAUACAAAAAGGCAUUUCUUCUGAUGACUGAGUUCUCAGAAGGAAUGCCAUGUAGCCAGGAUAAAGAAUGGACCAGUAAGCAGGAAGAGAGAAAAAGGAAUAGGGAAUUAGACUGUAUCCAAUCACUCCUGAUGUUUGGACUGAAUGGAGAUGAUAAAAUAGGGCUGAAACACUGAAAAUAUAUGAGGGGCUCAAAGGUUUAUAAUUCUACCGAUAUCAAGAAAUCAGCAAUUAGCCAUGAUUACUCUGGUGGUAUCUCCACCAGUUCCUAAAAUACCUCUCCAGAGACAGUUGUGGCAACCUUAGCUUGGCAACAGAUGUAGAGCAACUGAUUGCCAAUAUCUGGUCUUGACACCAGGCCAAUCAAGCUAAUUGGUUACUACAUGUUAUUAAACCAAUGCAGUGUUGCACUAGAUGGGCCCUACAAUGUGCUCAUAAAUCAUUUUUAAUGUAUUCUACAUUUAAAUUAUAAAAGACUGUAUGCAGUACACAAAGUGGUACUUUUAUUUAUUAUUUACAAGGAAA